AUGAGGACUCGCGCAGCAGCAGCGUGGCUGGCGGCAGCAGCCGCCCUCGCCCUCCAGCAAGUCGCCUGGGGUCACGUGCUCAGCAGACAGGACACCAGCCUCAGUUCGCAAAGCAGAGAAACACGAGCCGCGCGGGGCGACCACAUGGAGGAGGACCACAUGGACGAGCAUCCGGGCCACGCCAAGUCGGACUCGGCGCUCAGCUACUACGAGUUCCUCAUCAACGAGGGAUCCUACAAGUUCUGGGCGUGGUUCCAGCUGGCGACGGCGGCGCUGCUCAUCUACUCGGUGUUCGCGGCCAUCUACUACUCCAAGUACACGUACUACACCAUCGCCUCCGACUACGACUACGACUACUUCUUCAAGCGGUCCGGCGAGCCGGCGCCGGCGGCGCGGUCGGCCCCCACGACACAGAGCUCCACCUUCCUGGGACUCUCCGCCCAGACCUACCAGAGGAUCCUCGACGCCAUCACCAGCAAGAAUUACUCAUGA